UUUUCGGCAUUCGGGUCGCACUGAAAUGGCUCUCAGUUUAGUCUACAAUGAUGAUCGUUUCUGUUCCUGUCUGCUUCUGUUCUUUGUUUCCCUCAACCGAUCAGUGGCAUUUCUUGAUUCUUCCCCUUCUGCUGUUUAUCUGUGCCCGCGAAAGUGGCAAUCUUUGUGUGUUCCCUCUCCGAGUGUGAUAUAAUCUGAAGUGUGUGGGAUUCAAUUUCUGAGGAUUCUGAUAAAGGGCUGUCAUUAGGGUUUGUCCGUUCUCUCUUGGGUCUUCUCUCGGGUGGCAGCACUUGGGUCAUUCAGGGAGCAAGUUUGGGGAAUCCAUUGGUUUAUCAUUUGCUGAAGCUCUAAUUUCAGACUAUAUAGAGGGCUCUUGGUGCUUGAUUCCUUUUGUGCUAUGGCUACAAACGAAAAUCUUCCUCCAAAUGUGAUCAAACAACUUGCGAAAGAACUGAAGAACCUCGAUGAAUCUCCACCAGAAGGCAUAAAAGUGGGAGUUAAUGAUGAUGACUUUUCGACCAUUUAUGCUGAUGUUGAAGGCCCAGCUGGGACUCCAUAUGAGAAUGGUGUUUUCCGCAUGAAGUUGCUAUUGUCCCAUGACUUCCCUCACUCCCCUCCCAAAGGUUAUUUCCUGACCAAGAUUUUCCAUCCAAAUAUUGCAAUAAAUGGGGAGAUUUGUGUCAACACCUUGAAAAAGGAUUGGAACCCUGGUCUGGGUCUUCGGCAUGUUCUCAUUGUGGUUAGGUGCUUGUUGAUCGAACCAUUUCCUGAGUCAGCUCUGAAUGAACAAGCUGGCAAGAUGCUGCUUGAGAAUUAUGAGGAGUAUGCGAAGCAUGCUAGACUUUACACAGGAAUCCACGCCAAGCCGAAACCCAAGUUCAAAUCAGGAGCUAUUUCCGAGUCGACCACAGCCCUGAAUGUUGACCAGACCAAUGCCUCCUCAAAUGUCAAUGCUGACCAGAAGAACUCAGCCGUAGCUCCUGGCACCACGUUGCCUUUGCCAUUGACAACAGCUCCAUGUGUGGCAGCGACUAAAGGAGGAAACUCCCAGGAGCAGCAAACUGCUGUAGCCCCAUCGACCGAGAUAGGAAUUGGUGGUUCUGCAACAGCAGUUCCUGCUGCUGCCGCACCGAAGAAGGAAGCUGGGCUUGCGAAAGCUCAGGCGGACAAGAAGAAGAUGGAUGCAAGGAAGAAGAGCUUGAAGAGACUAUAAAACUCGGAAGUUGGGGGCCAUUAAGAGAGAAAGAAAAAAAAAAUUCAUUUUACUUGGAAGGGCUUGUUGAGGUUCAUUCAUAAUGUACUAUGUAACGACUUCUUCGGCAAAAUCGAAUCAAUUGACUUGAUCUUGUCCUUUGUUCA